CCGACACGCACAAGGCCGCCGGCUCGGGCGGGCGCCGGCGCAGGCCGGGCGGCAGGGCGGCGCUGGCGCGGGCCGAGGCUGGCGGCGGGCCGCCAGAAGCGCGGAGCGCCGCCGCGCUCCUCGAGGAGGCUAGAGGAGAGCACGACGGUCGGCGUGACCUUGGUAGCUUCAUAAAGAGAGCUGACCAUCUGACCCACGACGACGUGCCGGUGGCGUGCGAGGUGGUGCGAGGGCAGGUGGUACGACUGUCCAUCGACCAGGCCGGCUGCUUCUUGAUUCAGUCCUUGCUUGAGCGGGCACAGAUACCGAUGCAGAAGCAGCUGGUCGCUGAGAUGCACGGCCACGUCGUCGAGCUGCUCGAGUCGCAGCAUGGCAACCACGUGCUGCAGAAGGCGAUCGAGACCCUGCCUCCGACGGCGGUGCUCUUCGUGCUGCGGGAGCUGUGCGAGCGCCGGCCGCUGCGAGGGCGCGUUGCCCGCAGGGGCCGCCGCCGGGGUCCUUGUUCAGUGCGAUGUUCGGCGACGAGGACUCCUGACGCGCGGCAGGCCCGGCGUCGGGCCGCCGUCGGCGGGCCCCCGGGGCCGCGGCCCGCGGCGGGCCCGCGGAGCAAAGGCAGGGAGAGAGGGCGACGGCGAC